AUGGAGGACAGUCAUCUGGAUGGCCGCAACACCACCAGAGCCCUGGCAGAUUCAAUAAGUGGUCAUAGUUUCACUAUGGAGUGUAACGCAGAAAGUCCAAUUUCUGAAGGAAACCCAAAAUAUAAAGAAAACCCCAGUCUAAAUGACAGGAUUCACUGUCUGGUGGCUGUUAUUUCAGCUUACUCCAUAUCUCCAAUGGAACAGAUUGUAAUUGACCAGCUGAAAAAAGUUCGUCACCAAGCAAGAGACUUGGGCAUUCCUCAAGUCAUUAUCAUGACCAAGGUGGAUGAAGUGUGUCCACUUGUUAAAGGCAACCUUGAGAAGGUCUACACAAGCAAAAAAGUUAAAGAGAAGAUGGAGGAGUGCUCUAUUAAACUGGGCGUUCCUGUGAAUUGCAUCUUCCCGGUAAAGAACUAUCAUGAUGAGGACCCCGGCAAUACAAAAAUGGAUAUUCUGAUUUUAAAGGCAUUAUUAAACAUUGUUAACUUUGCCAGCGACUAUGUACAGGACCAGACAGACAAUGAAUUUAUGAAUGAAUGA